AUGGAGCCCCCCUUAGCCCAUGCCCGCAGAGGGUGCAUCCCCUGGAACGGGCUCCUGCUGGCAGUCUCACUCGUAACCUUCUGGAACCUGCCCACCACUGUGCAACUCACUAUUGAAUCGGUGCCCUUCAAUGCUGCAGAAGGGACGGAUGUUCUUCUACUGGUCCACAAUGUGACAGGGAAUCUUCUAGGCUACAGCUGGUACAGAGGAGAAAGGGUAGAGGACCAACUAAUUGCAUCACGUAGAAUAGACGGUAGUGCAAAUGCCACUGGGCCUGCACACAGCGGUCGAGAGACAAUAUACCCCAAUGGAUCCCUGCUGAUCCAGAACGUCACCCAGAACGACACAGGAUACUACACCCUGCUCAUUACAAAGAAUGAUUUACAGAUUGAAAGUGUAACUGGACAACUCCACGUAUACCCGGUGUUACCCAAACCCGUCAUCACCAGCAACAACUCCAACCCCAAGGAGCAGGAGGACACUGUAGUGUUAACAUGUGGCCCUGAGACUCCGAACACCUCCCACAUGUGGUGGAUCAACAAUCAGAGCCUCCCCAACAGCACCAGGCUGGAACUGUCUGAGGACAGCAGGACUCUCACUUUAUUCCAUGUCACAAGGAAUGACACAGGACCCUAUAUGUGUGAAACUCGGAACCCAGUGAGUGUCAGCCGCAGUGACCCAUUCACCCUGAAUGUCAUCUACCCAGUGGCACAGCCCUCCAUCGAAGCCAGCAACACCACAGUCACAGAACAUGAGAAUACCGUGGUGCUGACCUGCCGCACAAAUGACACUGGGAUCUCCAUAUGCUGGUUUUUCAAUGGCCAGAGGCUACUGCUCACAGAGAGGAUGAAGCUGUCCCCAGACAACAGCACCCUCACCAUCAACCCUGUCAGGAGGGAGGAUGCCGGGGAUUAUCAGUGUGAGGUCUCCAACCAGGGCAAUUCCAGCAAAAGUGACCCCCUCAGGCUGGAUGUGAAAUUUGAUUCAACACAAGGAAGUUCUUCUGGCCUCUCAGGUGGUGCUAUUGCCGGCAUCGUGAUUGCAGUCCUGGCUGGGAUAGCUCUGACAGCAGGCUUGGUGUAUUUUCUGUACCUCAGAAAAACUGAAGGGGCAAGUGACCAGCGAGACCUCACAGAGCACAAAUCCUCAGACCACAACCAGAGUGAGGGCCACUCUGACAAUUCACCUAACAAGAUUGACGAAGUUGCAUAUUCUGCCCUGAACUUCAAUGCCCAGGAAUCAAAGAAACCAACUUCAGCCUCCCCAUCAGCCACAGAAACAGUUUAUUCAGAAGUGAAAAAUAAGUAA